AGAACUUAAAUUAGCCCGGAUUAACCGCCCUACUUUACCAACUACUACUAAUAAUUAUGAAACUAAACUGGACUACUUCCAAACUGCUCUUUAUGCUCUCUUCAUCUAUCUCUAUUACCAAAAGCAAAACACCUUGGCAAAUUUUACCAAUCCGGAUUCUGCUACUCCCCAAGAAAUCCAAGCAGUCAAAAAAGUCAACCAAAUCUUUGCUGACUUCUGUAAAAAUGAAAUUGGAGGUCAAGAUAUCAAUGAAAUCCGCACUAAAUUAAAUGGUCGCACCCUCACUGAAAUCCUCGAAGAGAAUGAUGAUUACGAAACAGAAGUCGAUGAACUCAAAAGAAAGAAAGGAGAAUUAGAAGCGGAAGUAACUAGUUUAAAUACUUCCUGA